GCCUCUCUAUAGCCAAACGCCAUCUUGUUUGUCCAAAACAUGCAUGUCUAGACACGCUAAAUUAAUCCCGGAUAGCGAGGGUAGAAGGAUAUAGGAUUCGUAAUCAAUCUUCUGCAUCGUCAAAAAAUAAAUUCAUGAAAUUCCUUAAAUUACAAAUUAUUUGCGAACCAUUGGUAUUCAGUCUGUCGCAUCGAUGGUUAAACUAGGACUUUUAAACAGUCAAUUGUCGAUAUAGGCCAACCCUGGCUUCUUUUGAUAAAUGUAAUAUUGCAUUGCUAUAUUUUUUUUAUAUAAAACAACACCAUAGAGUACCACAGAAUGAGUCAUAUUACCCAUAAAACCUAGCAGUCAAACAGGGAAAUGGUUCUAAUCGUUUUCCCACCAUUCAUUUAACCCAUAGUGGAUUUUUAGAAACAUUUCAAAUAAGAGCUGUGAUUUGUGUAGGCUUACCCAAGCGUGACGUUUUGAUCUCUCUACGGUGCCUUUUAUAAAUAUUGUAACGACCCUGGGUUUAUAAGCGCGGAAAUCGACUCUGCCGCACGAGCAUGCUUUUGCGGCACAGUCGAUAGCGCGCCGGACCUCGGGCUAGAAGGUCGAGGGUUCGAGACCUGCUCCCUGCUGCUUCAUUACAAUAUAUUCAACCACCCAAAAAAUAAAUGCUUAUUAUUUGCUAAUAGGGCUAUCAUAAAAAAAACUACAAAUGCCAUGAUGAUCUGGACGAGACUACCAAAUCAAAGCAAUGGUAAGAAUCUCUGGAUUAACUAUCUGUUAGCUAAAUUUAGUAAUCACUAAAUUGGCACAAAAAAAAAUAUUGACAAUUCUGUGAAUGGUCAUGUGCAAGUUUUAAAUUGACACAAUACCUGUUAGCAAAGGCGUCAGCUAGAGAUGUCUACUUUAAUGCUAAUUAGCAUUUUUGAAUCUGAGAGUAAAUAGAGACGAUAUAUUGAUAAGAGUCACCUUGUCUGAGAGAGUUAUCAAAGCAUCAUGCCAGGGUAAGCCUACGCCCCUAUUUUAAGUGUUUCUGAAGUCCCUUAUGGGAAAAAAAUUAAUGGUGGAAAUACAAUUGGAACUGUUUCCCUGUUUGACCGCUAGGUUUUAUGGGUAUUAUGAAACCUCCACUGUGGGGCUCUAUAUCUUGUGAGGCCCGAUUAUUUAGUUGUCAGGAAAUGUCAAAUUAUUAAAUUACAUAUGAUAAAUGCACUGAGGAAUAAACCAACCCUUCCCAAGGCGCCCACUCUCCAGGAUGGACUUUCCCUGGCACAGUGGCAAGGUUUUGGAACAGCUCAAUCACCAGCGUCAGCUGGGCCUGCUUUGUGACUGUACCUUUGUGGUGGAUGGGGAGGACUUCAAGGCCCACAAGGCUGUGCUGGCUGCCUGCAGCGCCUACUUCCGCACCCUCUUCCUGGACCAGAAGGAUGUGGUGCACCUGGAUAUUAGCAACGCAGCAGGUCUGGGCCAAGUCCUUGAGUUCAUGUACACGGCCAAGCUGAGUCUGAAUCCUCAGAAUGUGGAGGAUGUGGUGGCGGUGGCCACGUUCCUGCAAAUGCAGGAGAUAGUCAAUGCCUGUUCUGCCUACCAGUCUUUGGCAGUCUCCACAUCCCAGACAACACAAUACUUAAUUGACCACAAGAUUGAGGAAGGAGAGCAAAACACGGAGAAGGAGCCAUCAGAGACAAGGUCACAUGAUGAGGAAAUCCCAAGCCCCUCAGCAGAGGAUGAAGGGCCAAAGGGCGUUCAGGAGGACCCGAAGGAGACCACCCUGGAAGAUGGCCAGAUUUCCAGGAAAACCCCAGACAAACAGACCCCGGGGAGAGGAAGACCCCCCAAAACCUCCACCUUCGCCACACAGAGAAAAGCUGCAGCUGAAAGUGAGGAGGUGGAGAGCACCGCCAAAGAUGUGCCUGAGUUUCAGGAUGACCCCUCGGAUGCGGACUACACGCCCAAGUUGCCAUUCAAGUCUGCAGCCUGUAGGUCUUACAUGAGCACCAGGAGAAGAAGGACACGGAGAGCUCCUCGACGCAACCUCUCACAGGAUAAUGACUCCAAUGAGGGGAGUAGCGCACCAAAGACAGUAAAUGAAGAGAAAAAAGAGGUGGAUGAGGGCGAGCUGGAGGAGGAGGAAGAGGAGGGAGGUGGUGAAGAAGAAGAAGUAGAAGAGCAGGAGGAUGAAGGAGAUGAGGGAGAAGACAGCCAGGGGACAGAGAGCGGAGAGGAGAGGAAGCAGCUACGGUUGGGUGCUGUCACCGACCGCACCGAGUCACGGUCCUACGGCUCUGUGACUCACAAGUGUGAGGACUGUGGAAAGAAGUUCACCCACACGGGGAACUUCAAGAGACACAUUCGCAUUCACACAGGAGAGAAACCUUUCAGCUGCCGUGACUGCCACAAGGCCUUCUCAGACCCGGCUGCCUGCAAGGCUCACGAGAAAACACACAGCCCCCUGAAACCUUACUGCUGCUCCUCAUGUGGGAAGAGCUACCGGCAGAUCAGCCUGCUCAACUUGCACCGGAAGCGUCACACGGGCGAGGCCCGAUACAGUUGCAGAGACUGCGGCAAGCUCUUCACCACGUCUGGCAACCUGAAGCGCCACAUGCUGGUGCACAGCGGCGAGAAGCCGUACCACUGCGACUACUGCGACCGGGCCUUCUCCGACCCCACUGCCAAGAUGCGCCACCUGGAGACCCAUGAUGCCGACAAGGGCCACAGGUGUCCGCACUGCGACAAGCGGUUCAACCAGACUGGGAAUCUAAAGGCUCACCUGAAGAUCCACAUCACAGACGGCCCUCUGAAGUGUAAAGAGUGUGGCAAACAGUUCACCACCUCAGGGAAUUUGAAGAGACACCUGCGUGUUCACAGUGGGGAGAAGCCCUAUAUCUGUAUGCACUGCCAGAGAGCUUUCUCCGACCCCGGGGCACUACAGAGACACGAGCGCAUACACACAGGGGAGAAGCCGUGUCUGUGUCUGAUCUGUGGGAAGGGGUUCACCCAGGCCAGUUCACUCAUCGCUCAUGUCCGCCAGCACACCGGAGAGAAGCCCUAUGUCUGCGACCGCUGUGGCAAAAGGUUUGUCCAGUCCAGUCAGCUGGCCAAUCACAUCCGUCACCAUGAUAACAUCCGGCCACACAAGUGUCACAUCUGCAACAAGGCGUUUGUCAACGUUGGGGAUCUCUCCAAGCAUAUCAUCAUUCACACAGGAGAGAAGCCCUUCCUGUGUGACAAGUGCGGCCGCGGGUUCAACCGCGUUGACAACCUGCGCUCCCACGUCAAGACCGUCCACCAGGGUAAGGCCGGGAUGAAGCGCCUGGUGGUUGCCGGGGGCGACAGCGACGACGGGGGUGACGGGUUUCACGGUGGGUCGGCCUCAGAGAUGGACGACAACGAGAUCAACAUCGUCACCGUCACCACUGAGGACAUCGUCACCCUGGCGACAGGGGCCCUGGCUGGCAGCUCUGUGGCCCAGCUGACAGUGGUGCCUGUGACUUCAUCGGUCUCAGCAGACGAGACGGAGGCUCUAAAAGCAGAGAUCACCAAGGCUGUGGAGAAGGUGCAGGAAGCAGACCCCAACACUCAGAUCCUGUAUGCGUGCGACUCGUGCGGUGACAAGUUCCUGGAUGCCAGUUCGCUGGCCCAACACGUGCGAAUCCACACGGCCCAGGCCCUGGUCAUGUUCCAGGCUGACUCGGACUUCUACCAGCAGUACGCCGCUGCUGCAGGAGCCACCGCCGUGGGGGAAGUUGUUACCACAACCUGGCAACCCGCCUCCGAGCAGGUCAUCCAGGGAGGGGAGCUCGUCUUCCACACCCGUGAGGCCGAGGAGGAGGGGGAGGAGGGGGGAGAGGUGGUGGCCCAAGCUGACUCCCAGCCGGAGGGGAAAGAUGAGGCUGGAACAGAGGGAGAAGAGAUGGAGUGUGAGGCUUAGGGAAGAAAAGUACAUUGAAGAACUGAUUAUAUCUGGUGUGCAAUGACACCCCAAGUUACAGUGCGUUGAGUGAGUAAUUCGUCAUCAUUUUUGACCAUUUCCUGCCCUGUGUGGGAAAAGGAAAGUAAGAUUUCUAAUCACGAGUUUACAUAAUCAUUAAUAGAGAUUUAUAGAGAUUUAGCAAAGCAUUGUCAGCCUCUUCUGAAAUAAGUUCCCCUAAUUCUAGAAUCUCUUUAGACGAUAGCAGUGGUAUGUAACAUGCUAUAGUCAAUUUUGCACUGUAUGUUUAAAAUGUAUAUUAUAAAUAUAGAAAUGGGCUAUUCAUUUAGAAAAUCAUCAUGUGGUAUAUCCCAGGGCAGGAAGGUCAGUUGAUACAUCACACCACUUUUGUUUUUCUUCUCCCUGACAGUAAAAAACAGAUAGGUAGUAAAAUAUUGCCUAGAGAUUCCUGCCUUGUUUUACUGAGAUAGUGUAAAUGUUCCUCUCUUAGUUUAGGUAUUUUAGUAUACUUCCUUGAAGUAUUUUCAUUAAAAGCACAAGUGUACAUAAACGAUUGAUAGACUACUUUGUGUAGUGCUACUAGCAUUUUGAGUGAGAAGGACUUGCUAGAAAUGUUGUUUCUCUUUCACAUUGCACGUCCAUGGUCGACAAGCAAACAAUGUAAAUGCUGUGCACGUUGACGUUUGUUCUAUUUCCUACUAACCUAUUAUAAUUACUCUUUGUGGAGAUAACUAGAAAACUGAAAUCACUUCCUAUUGGUGGGAUCCAUAUGAGAAAUGACAAGUUGUGGAUUCAUUCCACAAGUUGACAAGAUUAUUUUCCAAUUGAUCCCUGUGUAAAUCAUGAAACAGCCCAGCACUGUCAUUCCUCAAUGAUUUGUAGCACUGACUUGGCAGGUAUUAAGAAGUACAAGAAGUCAUUAACUGACUAUGUAUGCUAGCCUAUAUUAGCAUAAAAAUAUGUUUCCUUGAGAAAUUUUAGUUUAAUGGCAGCAGGAACACCUAACAUCGCAUACCAAUGUGUAGAUUAUGAUUAUAUUCAGUCCUGGUUGAUACUAGGUCGUGCAAAUCUUUUUUUAGUUGAACAAUACAGAUUAUGACAUACACCUUCUGUUUUAAAUUAAAUCAAUGACUGAUUAAAUAUGGGGGAGGGGGAGAAUGUAUUAAAACUUAUCAAUAAAGACGGCUACAUCAAAACAGAA